GGAUCCAACACUUGCCGAUCGUAGCGUUCGGCCCAGUCUAUUUCUGUCUUUCUCCGUUGCUUCAACUGUCUCUCUCUCGUCAACAUGGCUGAUAUAUCCAAGGAAGAUCUUCGCAAGGAAAUUGCCGCUAUCCUUAAGGAUGCAGAUCUGGCGUCUACAUCGGCGAAAAAAGUUCGCCAAGAACUGGAAGAAAAGUUGGAUGUAAAACUGCAAGCUAGAAAGAAGGAAAUUGAUGAUCUUGUUAUGGAGUUUGUAAGCUCAAAGAAAGAAGACAAGAAGAAAAAGAAGAACGAUUCUGAAGAUGAUGGUGGGGAAGAUGAGGAAGAAGAAGAGGAGGAGGAAGAGGAGGAGGAUUCUGAAAGUGAUAAGAAAAAGAAACGUGGAUCGACCAGCAAAAAGCCACCAGCAAAGAAAACCAAGAAAGACAGCGAGGAAGAAUCAGGAAGUGAGCAAAGCGAGGGGGAUUCAGAAGAGGAGUAUUCUCCCAAAAAAGCGGCCAAACCAGCUAAAACUAGGAAACUUCCUCCUAAGAAGAAGAAGGGUUCAGAAUCAGACUCUGAUGAAGACUGGGGAAAGAAAAAAGGAGGCAAAAAAGGAGGUGGCGGAGCCAAGAAAGGUAGCGGUUACACCAAACAGUUACAACUUUCACCCGAACUGGCUGCUUUGGUAGGAGCAGAGGCGAUGGCUCGGCACGAAGUUGUUAAGAAGAUGUGGUCCAUAAUAAAGGAGAAAAAUCUUUACGACCCAAAGAAUAAGCAGUACGCCAUAUGCGACGAUGCAUUGCUGAAAGUAAUCGGUACCAAACGUUUCCGAACGUUCGGUAUGAUGAAAUAUUUGAAAAAUCAUUUUAUCAGUUAAGUUAUUUUACCUAUUAGUAGGAGUAAGUUUUAAAUUAGCUCUUUGGCACAAGCAGUACCGUGUUCUUAAUCUUGGAGUAAUUUGAAACCUAUACAGUUGUGUGAAAAAAUAAACUCUUUGGCAUUUUAAAAUAUACAGGUUUCAAAUUUGCCAUUCACUUUACUCCUACUUCUUUGUCCUGGGAUUUUUUAAAUGUUUAUGUUUUACAUUUUAUAUAUUUUCUUUAUACUAAUUAUCAUUAAUAAAACAUUAGCCAAUAGAAAACGUUGCCUGAUAGAGAGAUGUUAGACCACGCAAAAUAUCAGUUUUGCAUGUUUUUUAUGAUAAAAGAAAAUUAUUAAUUAUAUUUCUUGAUAAAUUCUAGUCUCAAAAAUUUUACAUUUUUCUGAAAAUGCUUGUGCACAAAAUAAUUAGAACUACAGGAUACAACUAGCUUCUACGUCCCACUAGUCAACUCGCAUACCAAACAAUGUUGCCGUUUGCUGUCGCUUUAUUUUAUGAAUGGUUUACAUAUACAAGACAUAUACUGUAUGAUCUUGGAAAUGAACAUCGAUGACAUUCCCCAUACAAUUUAUUUGGUUAAUAGGUGAAAUGAAUACCAGUAUUUCUAAUAGCAGUAUUUGCUGCGAAUGUAAUCGCAGUUUUGUGUGCUUCGGAAACACGUUAAAAAAUUUCAUCAAAAUCAGAGGAAUUAUUACCGCCUUUAAAAACUAAAGUAUAUACAUUUACCUGCGAAUUUUGUUUGAUUUAAAAAAUUAGUGAAAUAUUACGUAAUUUAACCCGACAUUUGUGUGAAAAAUGUCUAUUUGGAAAUAAAACAGGGUUUAAAAUACGCGCCAAAUAAAGCACUUCUAUCUCCGCCAUAUUGGAAAAGGUUGAAUAGCCUUAAGUGGAGGGGGUGGUGGUUUAGCUGACAAUAAAAAAAGUCAUGAAAUUAAGGGACAACAAACGGCAACAUUGUUGGGUAUGCGAGUUGACUAGUGGGACGUAAAAGCUAGUCAUGAAAGCAGUAUAGAGGUCCAAAAUCUCUCUAUAGGCAGAAUAGUUUUUAUAUGUUCAUUAGUGUAACUUAAGUUUUUUGUGACUGAUUAUAACUAUAGAGAGUUGAUGUAGAAAUCUUAAUUGGAAUUCAAUUACCAAUUUGAAAUUUGCUCUUAUCUAUUUAAGACAGUACAUGUCUUAUUUUAAAUUCAUGUAUAACUGCUACAUAUUCUUGUGUAAUGAAAAAUAAAGUAUGUAUG